GUUCAGCUCCUCUUUCUGGCACCUCCUCUCUCCCUCUCCCCUGGCUCACGCUCCUCCUCGCUGGAGUGUUUAAAAAGAUACCUCGACAAGGAAGGCAAAAGGGGAGAGAAGCAGAAGAAAGCGAGGAAACAGAAGCGGUGUCUAAGAUGGAGACGAAGAUCCUGAUGACGGCCCUCCUGCUGGGCUCGCUCUGUGGGGCCGAGGCUCUGCCGUCCGCUCGCCUGUCUUGCUACAGGAAGAUGCUGGCAGGCCACAACUGCCACAGUGUCCCCGCGGGCACAUCCAGUCUCCGGCGGGUAGACGGUGGAAACCUGCAGGAUCACUUCUGGGAAGGCAAGGGCUGUGAGAUGAUCUGCUACUGUAAUUUCAGCGAGUUACUCUGCUGCCCAAAGGACAUCUUCUUUGGGCCAAAGAUCUCUUUUGUGAUCCCUUGUAAUGUUCAGUGAGGCUCAUCGCACGUCCGCCAGCCGGAAAUCACACCACCACCACCCAAAGGUGCCAACGGUUCCAAGAGAAAUGGCUUCUUUUCAGCAUCAAGUGCGGCUCAUCACUGCCCAGAACAAGACACAAAGCACCUGAUUCCAUUUACUUUCAUUCUGUUUGGAGGCUUAUGACAGGCUGGUAAAAAUAAUAAUAAUAAUAAUAAUAAUAAUAAUAAUAAUGGCAGGCUGGUAAAUGUUCUGGACUUGUUCGUGAGGCUGUUUGCCACGGCCUGGACAAUAACUCUUCCCUUUCACCAAUAGCUGAAACUCUGAUUAAGAGGAUUUUGACAAGUCCACAUCUAUCUUUGUAGCUAAAAGUGAUUGCAUUAUCUUAGUAGAAAGGGUCUAGCAGCAGUAUUUGAAAGUCAACUUUGGUUGCUCUUUUGUAUGAAGUGCCCAGUUGCAAGAUUACCAGUUCCCAACUGCCAUGUGCAUUCCUUUGAUAGUUUGAAAAGCUUCUCAUGAAUCAAAUGCAUAUUUGAAAGGCAGUGUGACCUAGUGGGAAAACAAGAGACAUGGGUUCUAAUCCCAGCUCUAACACCUGCCUCCUGCGUGACC